AUCUGAAGUAUUUUCAUUCAUUCAUUCUUCUAUCUCAGCAAGAAUGGGUUCCUUACUAGAUCUCACCUAGUGAUUACCUAUCGGUCCACUGUCUACCUACAAUACCACCAUGAGAUAAGCUAUCGGCAACAUCUCCGAUUCCCCGCAUACUUCAACCUCCUCCUCCUCCCCUCUCCCUCUCCACUCCACCAAUCCACCCAUCAUGGCCGCCUUGUUGAAACAACCACUGAAACUGGCCCUCGUCCAGCUGGCAUCGGGCGCCGACAAAUCCGUCAAUCUCGCCCACGCCCGCACCAAAGUCCUCGAGGCCGCCAAAGCCGGCGCCAAGCUCAUCGUCCUGCCAGAAUGCUUCAACUCACCCUACGGCACCCAGCACUUUCCCAAGUACGCUGAGACCCUCCUGCCGUCACCCCCGUCGCAAGAGCAAUCGCCCUCCUACCACGCCCUGUCGGCCCUCGCCGCCGAAGCCAAAGCCUACCUCGUCGGCGGCAGCAUCCCGGAACUGGAGCCCACCUCGAAGAAAUACUACAACACCUCACUGGUGUUCUCGCCCUCAGGCGCCCUCAUCGGCACCCACCGCAAGACCCACCUCUUUGACAUCGACAUCCCGGGCAAGAUCACCUUCAAGGAGAGCGAGGUCCUCUCCCCGGGGAACCAGCUCACGCUCGUCGAUCUGCCCGAGUACGGCCGCAUCGGGCUCGCCAUCUGCUACGAUAUCCGCUUCCCCGAGGCGGCCAUGAUCGCCGCGCGCAAGGGCGCCUUCAUGCUCGUCUACCCAGCUGCCUUCAACAUGACCACGGGGCCUAUGCACUGGUCGCUGUUGGCGCGCGCCCGCGCCGUCGACAACGAGCUCUACGUCGCGCUGUGCAGUCCCGCCCGCGACAUCAACGCUGGCUACCACGCUUGGGGUCAUACCCUGAUCAGCACGCCCAUGGCAGAGAUCGUCCAGGAGGCGGGUGACGCCGAGGAGAUUGUCUACGCGGAUCUCGAUAACGAUGCUAUCGUCAACACCCGCAAGAGCAUUCCCAUCUACAGCCAGCGACGGUUCGACCUGUACCCGGAUUCGACCAUUGCUGCAGCCACCGACACCGACGCCGUCAACCCGUUCAAAAUGUCCAACGUCCAGACCGGCAAGAAGACCCGCUCGGCCAUCGCCGAUGUGGUGUCGCGCGAGUACACCAUCAACCUGCACAAGAGAACCCACGGUGUUAGCUUCAAGAAGCGUGCUCCCCGCGCCAUCAAGGAGAUCCGUGCUUUUGCCGAGCAGGCUAUGGGCACCAAGGACGUCCGCCUCGACCCCCAGCUCAACAAGAAGGUCUGGGAGGCCGGCAUCAAGGGCGUUCCCUUCCGUCUGCGCGUGCGCAUCUCGCGCAAGCGUAACGACGAGGAGGACGCCAAGGAGCGCCUGUACUCGCUCGUCCAGGCCGUCAACGUCAAGAACCCCAAGGGUCUGCACACUGCCGUUGUGGAUGAUGAGUAAAUCAUCGUCACUUUUUUAUCCUGAAAUGAAAAAGAUGAUCUAGAUAGAUAGGGUUGACGAAAUGAAUGGUGCACCGGGUUGCAAUCAAGCACACAAACAAAUUACUGCCAGUGGAUGUUGGUUUCGUACUGGACCUAUCUACCUGCCUACUCUGUACUUUUCUUUUGUAUGGUUGCUCUUUAGCUAUCUAUUCAUCCUACCUAUUCUGCCUAGCUAAGUCUGGUCUGGCUGCGAAGGACAACAAAAUCAAGUUUAAUACCCCUACUCACCU